AUGGACAAAAGUUGGAUGACAGCUAGAAAGUUUUCUAGAGAAUAUGUACAGGGCGUUCAAUCAUUUAUGAAGUUUGUGGAUGAACACAUUGGCCAAGAACGUGAGAUUAAGUGUCCUUGUACUUUUUGCUUGAACUCAUAUAUUAGAAGUAAAGAAGAAGUGCUUGAUCAUCUGCUUAUUCGAGGUAUAGAUACUGAAUACACUAGGUGGAUUCAUCAUGGUGAAUUAUUUGAUUAUCAAGUUCCUCGUAGUGAUUCUGAUAAUGGUUCUGUGAAUGAGGAUGACGACCACACAAAUGGAGUGAACGACUUGUUGAACGAUCUUGGAAAUUUUUAUGAAAAUACUCGUCGUUUUGAUAAAGACCAUAACACCAAUGAAAGUGAGGAAAGUGAAGAUAUACCUAUGACGUUUCUUGAGCUAUUACGUAAGGCUGAACAAGAACUUUAUCCAGGUUGCUCGAAGUUCUCAACUUUAUCUUUUAUUGUGCAUUUGCUCCACAUAAGGGUUUAUAAUAAGUGGAGCAAUAAGUCAUUUGACAUGAUGUUAACACUGCUAAAAAAAGCUUUACCUCAUGGUGAAACUCUUCCGAAAUCAUACUAUGAUGCAAAAAAGAUUUUAAAUGACUUGGGUUUGGGAUACACUGCAAUCCAUGCAUGUAAGUAUGAUUGUGCUUUAUUUUGGAAAGAGUAUGAAAAUUAUCAAGAGUGUCCAGUUUGUGGUACUUCUAGAUGGAAAGUUAGUAAUGCUAAGAGAAAGCAAAUUCCUCACAAAAUAUUGCGCUACUUUCCUUUAAAGCCAAGGUUGCAGAGGUUGUUUAUGUCACCGAAGACAGCAGCAGAUAUGAGAUGGCAUUCGGACAAGCGAAUAAAUGAUGAAAAAGAGUUGAAACAUCCAGCAGAUGAAAGAACAUGGAAAGAAUUUGAUCAACAACACCCAUAUUUUUCAAAAGAUGCCCGUAACAUACGACUUGCUUUGGCAACUGAUGGCUUCAAUCCAUUUGGUACUAUGAGUAAUUCUUACAGCAUGUGGCCCGUCAUUAUCAUUCCAUACAACUUGCCGCCUUGGAAAUGCAUGAAGAAGUCAUAUUUCAUGAUGUCAUUGCUCAUUCCUGGACCACAUCAACCAGGUAAAGAUAUUGAUAUAUACCUACAACCAUUAGUUGAUGAAUUAAAAGACUUGUGGAAUGAAGGUGUGCAAACCUAUGAUGCAUUUUCUAAGAAGAAUUUUCAAAUGCAUGCUGCUCUUUUAUGGACAAUUAACGAUUUUCCUGCGUAUGGUUGUGUGUCUGGUUGGAGUACAAAGGGUUAUAUGGCAUGCCCUGUCUGCAAUAAACAUACAUGCUCAAAGGGAUUGAGAAGUAAAAUUUGUUAUAUGGGUCAUCGUCGAUACUUGCCUCGUGGUCAUAAAUGGCGAAAAAAUAAAAUCAAGUUCGACGGAAAAGAAGAAUUAAACAUGGCACCGAAAUACUUCUCUGGAAAUGAUGUAUCUCAGCAAACGAUGCAUUUAAAAGGUGUUAAAGGUGGAAAACAUCCCAGUUUAAAGAAAAAAAACAAGCGAGAUAAACAAGAUUUGAAUUGGACUAAGAGGAGCAUUCUUUUUGAAUUGCCUUAUUGGAAGACAAUACUCUUAAGACACAAUCUUGAUGUCAUGCACAUCGAAAAAAAUAUUUGUGAUAAUAUUUUGGGGACGUUGUUGAAUAUGGAUAAGAAGACAAAAGAUACAUAUAAAGCAAGGAAAGAUUUGGAGGAUAUGAAUAUUAGAAAGGAACUGCAUUUAAAAAAAAGAAAUGAUGGGAGGUAUGUUAUACCACCGGCAGCUUAUGCAAUGUCUAAAAAAGAAGGACAACAAUUUUGUGAAUUUGUUAAAGCACAAAAGUUUUCAGAUGGAUAUGCUUCUAAUAUUGCUCGUUGUGUAAAUGUGUUUGAAGCUAAGUUAGUGGGUUUGAAAAGUCAUGAUUGUCAUGUUCUCUUGCAACGGGUACUUCCAUAUGGCAUUCGUGGAUGUUUGAGCAAAGACAUAUACGCUGCAAUACUUGAGUUAGGGGAUUUCUUUCGGAGGUUGUGUUGUAGAAAGUUGAUGGUAGAAGACGUAAAUAAAUUGGAAAAAGAUAUUAUUGAGAUAUUGUGUAAACUUGAAAUGAUUUUUCCACCAGCUUUUUUUGAUGUUAUGGUGCAUUUAGCUAUGCAUCUACCACGUGAAGUUAUGUUAGGUGGCCCAGUUCAAUACCGAUGGAUGUACCCUAUUGAAAGAUAUUUAGGUACAUUAAAGGGUUACGUACGGAAUAAAGCUCGUCCAGAAGGGUCUAUUGCAGAAGCUUAUAUUGUGAAUGUACGACCAUUUGGAGCUAUAAAAUAUUGUGAGCCCCCAAGGGACGAGUUAGAUUUGGCUCAUUGGUAUAUUUUGAGCAAUUGUGAAGAAGUGGAACAAUUUCACCAAAUGCACAAAGAGAUACUCGAGCAAGAGAGUAUAUUGAAUUUCGAAGACAGGCACAAAAAGCAAUUUCCAGAGUGGUUUAAACAUCAUAUGGCGCAAAAGAAAUCACAUAAUCCACAAGAUAAUGUAGAUGAAUUGUAUGCAUUAGCAUGUGGACCUAGUAUGAUUGUGAACAAGUAUCCGGGUUGUAUUGUAAAUGGAGUAAGAUUCCAUACUAAGGAGCGUGAUAGUCGUCGUACAACACAAAAUAGUGGUAUAAUGGUUGAAGGUAACCAUAAUGACAUUAUGAUCGAGUUUUACGGCAUCGUCAUUGAAAUAAUUGAGCUAGACUAUAUCAAAGACAAUCAUGUUAUUCUUUUUAAGGCACAAUGGUUUAAUCUUGGUAACAAGAAAUCUAUUAUACAUGAUGGGAAAACCACUAGCAUCAAUAUCAGUCGUACAUGGUAUGAGGAUGACCCAUUUAUACUUGCAUGUCAAACAAAACAAGUAUUCUACCUUGAUGAUAUGAAAUUGGGCAAAGAUUGGAGAAUAGUAAUAAAAUUUCAACAUCGCCACGUGUUCGACUCUUUAGAGAUAAAUGAUGGAGAUAUUAGGGAGGACGAUAAUGUCUACCAAGAAGAUGAAUCUUCACAACUUGAUACAUCCGUUCAAGAUGAUUUAGGAGAGUUAAUAUCUCUGGAGAGAAAUGAUGUUGAUCCGGUCGUUGUUGGGGUUGAUACAAUUCAAGGUUUGGAAAAUGAAAUUGAAGAUUUCAACGCAGUUCAAGAUGAUGCUUCUGAAGAAGAUGAUACAUUGGAUAAUUAUUGUAACGUAGAGGAAGAAUUUCAAAUCACCGAUGAUGAUAGUGACUUGGAAUGA